GGAAGGAAGUGGAAAAAUGCUUCUGCAUUUUUUCAACAGUAUGAUGAUGAAAAUAUUGUUCUUCUUUAAAGGCAUUCAAGUGCUAAGAUAAGGUUUAGGUCCACCUACUGGUGGUUAGAGGAUGGAGAGCAUCUUAACGAUACCAACUCCACAAGUUGUUUAUAAGGAAACUUAGAUUAGAAGAGAGGUGAAAGAAAGGAAUAGAGGAUAGAGAUGGGGAGAGACCCUGGUCAUGCCGUUUUGAAGGUAAGGUUUGCUUUCACGUGUUAAUAUAGAAUGUUGUGUUUGAUGAUGAUGAUGAUUUGAUGAGAGAGAAAGAGAGACGAAAAGAGAAAGAAAAUAAUAUUAAAGAAGUUGUUGGUGAGAGCAUGAGGAGGGAAAAAAAAAAAGUACUUGAAUAUUAAAAAUGGAUGGGUCUUCUUCUUCUAUUAUAUGGGUUGGUGUUAUUGGGGGUGGGAGGAAUUUAUGAGUCCGAUGAAAAGGGCUUGUUUUUGAGCCUCGGGAUCGGUUUUGUCUCCGUCUUGGGAGGAUUUCUCUCAGCCGAUCGGCUUCGAAUUCAUGUUCUCCUGCUCCCCACAAGGAGCACGGCGCCCCCUCUAAAGGGCUCUAUCUCUCAGAUUCGUCAUGAAGCAAGAAUGAAGCAGAGGACUCUGAUAGGUUUUGCCAACAAGUAUUGUUUUGAUUAUUAAAUAAGCCAUAUCAUUUAUACACACAGGGUUUCUUUGUGGUGACAAUCUGCUUGAGUCUCCAUGACCAGAAUAACCACACAAGAAUAUAUAUGUUGGAAUGAUUCACCAUUAUACUUAUCCUGUUUGUAUGAUUUGUAAAUCUCUCAUCCAUCUCAAAACCAAGGAAGAGGGUAAUGGCUAGUUUCUAUUCCAGCUCUACCAACCAAAUGGAUGUUAUGCCAACCUUUUAUACAAGGGAUCCGGGACAUGGAUCAUAUCCUGAGUCAUCAACUACAAGCCACAUGAUGUAUCCACAGUAUUCGUCUUCUGUUCCAUAUUCAGGCAAACUGACAGGCAAUAACCAAUCCCAACAAAACUGCAUUGACCCUCCUGUUCCUGCCUCUAUGAUAUCACAAGACUCAUCUACAGGGGGGGCUGACUUUGCAUCACAUCUUGGUGAACGUCCUUACAAUGCUUUGAGGGAUGGAAGGAAUGAGGUGUUGUUCAUGCAAACAAUUGGCAGGUCGCUGAAUGAAGGCAGUGAUCUGGUUCACGGUUCGGUUGCUGAUGAUCCCCAUAUGAGUCUUCAUACUCCAUUGGGCAUUUUAAAUGGCCAUAACUUGUCUUUGCAGCAGUCAAACAUUUCGACGGCACAACGCCAGGCGUUAUCUCUCAGCCUCAGCACACAGAUUCCAGUUCCUUCAUUUCAGUUCCAGCCUUCAAACUCAGACAUCUCGAUUUUAAGUUCUCAUCAGUCAAAUUUGGGAGAUGGCAGGGCAUUUAGAGAUGAUAUCUAUAGAAACAAACUUAUGCAUUCAAAUGCCUCUCCAUAUGACAUCUCAAGUAUCACAAGCACAAUUCCAAAUUCCAGAUAUCUCAAGGCAGCACAGCAGUUGCUUGAUGAAGUUGUUAAUGUGCAGAAGGCUUUGAAUCAGAAAACAGGCAAAACUCAAAGUUUGGAUAAUUCUGCCGGUGCUACGGAUACCAAAAAUAACAAUGCAGUAUCAAAGGCUGAUGGGAUGUCUUUGAAUCCUCAAGGGUCCAAUGAUCAAUCGCCUACGGAACUCUUGCCUUCUGAGAGGCAGGACCUGCAGAACAAGAUGACAAAGCUUCUGGCAAUGUUGGAUGAGGUUGAUAGGAGAUAUAAACAGUAUUACCAUCAGAUGCAAAUAGUAGUGUCAUCUUUUGAUGGAGUAGCAGGGUGUGGAUCUGCCAAACCAUACACUGCACUUGCCCUUAAAACAAUUUCUAGACAGUUUCGCUGUCUGAGGGAUGCUAUUAAUUGUCAGAUUCAAGCCACCAAAAAGAACCUUGGAGAGAAAGAUAGUUCAAAUAGUAAGGGUGGUGGAAUAUCUCGCUUGAAAUACAUAGACCAGCAACUGAGGCAACAGAGGGCAAUGCAGCAGCUUGGCAUGGUUCAGCACAAUGCUUGGAGACCACAGAGGGGGCUACCAGAAACCUCUGUUUCAGUGCUACGCGCUUGGUUGUUUGAGCACUUCCUUCAUCCCUACCCAAAGGAUUCUGAGAAGUUAAUGCUAGCAAGACAGACAGGCUUAACGCGGAGCCAGAUCUCAAACUGGUUCAUAAAUGCUCGUGUUCGCCUGUGGAAACCGAUGAUUGAGGAGAUGUAUAGAGAGGAGAUUGGUGAAGCCGAGAUGGACUCAAACUCGUCGUUGGAGAAUAUACCCAAAAGUAAAGAUGAGACUGGAUCCUCUGAGGAGAGGGAACGCUCAAAAAGUCCUGCAACUGAAAGAUGCCACACGAGCCAGCUCAAUGAAUCCUCUAAAUCCAACAUCUCCGACAUGGAUGUGGGCGGCACAGCUGCUGGGUUUCCGAACGAGGCAAAUGCCGAUGACACAUUCAUGAACCUCAUGUUGAAGGACCGGCGACACGACGGAGGGGACUGCGGCCUCCUCCACGAUGCUAUUGCCCAAAAGUCCGACGGAGGCAGGAGGCUUGUGGCUUAUCCGAUGGCCGAGUUGGGGAGGUACGGGCAUGGUGGGGUGUCUCUCACAUUGGGUCUGCAGCACUGCGAUGGCGGUCUUCCUGUAUCAAACAGUCAGCAGAGCUUCCCAGGGGUGAGAGGGCAGGAUGUAUACACUGCUGCUCCUCCCCUUGAGGCUGAUGCUGCGGAUUAUGACUGUAUAAAUCUGAUGGACCAGCGCCACAGGUUCGGGCCAUCACCUCUGCUGCAUGAUUUUGUGGCUUGAAUGCUCUUAGGAAAGAGGGAAUGGUUGGUUUUUGGAACUUUUUAAGAACUUCUGAUGUGGGAAUAACAUGCCUAAAGAAGCUUGAUGUUACUGUUGCAAUUGUUAGAAACAAUAGCAUUUGAUACAAUGUAAUAUAAGCUAGGUGGUGGGAUGAAUAGGCUAGCAUGUGAAGAUAGAAGAAACAUAAAAAUUUUUAUUCAUUUUCGUUCCAU